AUGAGUCCCUGGAGCUGGUUCCUGCUGCCGACCCUCUGCCUCCUGCCCCCCGGCGCAGCGCCGCUGCGCGGCGCGUCUGCCUCCGCCAACUGCGAGCUCAAGCCCCAGCAAAGUGAAUUGAAUUCCUUCUUGUGGACCAUAAAGCGAAACCCGCCGUCUUACUUCUUUGGCACGAUCCAUGUUCCAUACACUCGGGUGUGGGACUUCAUCCCGGACAACUCCAAGGAGGCUUUUCAACAGAGUAGCAUUGUGUACUUCGAGCUGGACCUCACCGACCCCUACACGGUCUCAGCCCUUACUAGCUGUCAGAUGCUGCCACAGGGAGAGAACCUCCAGGACGUGCUCCCCCGGGACAUCUACUGCCGCCUUAAGCGCCACCUGGAGUACGUCAAGCUCAUGAUGCCCUCGUGGAUGACCCCAGACCAGCGUGGCAAAGGUCUCUAUGCCGACUACCUCUUCAAUGCCAUUGCGGGGAACUGGGAACGGAAGAGGCCCAUCUGGGUGAUGCUCAUGGUCAACUCCCUGACGGAAGUGGAUGUUAAGUCCCGUGGGGUGCCUGUCUUAGACCUGUACCUUGCCCAGGAGGCCGAGCGGCUGAGGAAGCAGACUGGGGCCGUGGAAAAGGUGGAAGAGCAGUGCCAUCCACUAAAUGGGCUGAAUUUUUCACAGGUCAUCUUUGCUUUGAACCAGACCCUCCUGCAGCAGGAGAGCCUUCGAGCAGGCAGCCUUCAGAUCCCCUACACGACGGAGGAUCUCAUCAAACACUAUAACUGUGGGGACCUUGGCUCCGUCAUCUUCAGCCAUGACAGCUCCCAGGUUCCCAAUUUCAUUAAUGCCACGCUGCCACCUCAGGAGCGUGUCACUGCCCAGGAGAUCGACAGCUACUUCCGCCGGGAGCUUAUCUACAAGCGGAAUGAGAGAAUGGGGAAGCGGGUGAAGGCCCUUUUGGAAGAGUUCCCUGACAAAGGUUUUUUCUUUGCCUUUGGAGCUGGUCAUUUCAUGGGAAACAACACGGUGCUCGAUGUCUUGCGGCGUGAAGGCUAUGAGGUAGAACACGCCCCCGCUGGACGACCCAUCAACAAAGAGAAGAGCCAAGGUUCCUCGUCGGGGCCCACCUCCCCGGCCAUCUUUGCUACGGAAGUGCCCUCAGUGGAAGUGAGGGCGCCGGAAGUUGCGUCUGCGGCGCACUCACUGGUGCCUCCUCACGUGUCCCCGGCCGGAAGUGCCGACCUGGGUGGUGAGGUGGAGCGCAAGUUUCGGAGGAAGCGGAGGCGGCCGCGCCCACAGCGAAGGCAGCGACUUCGGCAGUUCAGCGAUCUGUGGGUUCGACUGGAGGAGAGCGCCAUGGUGCCACAACUCCAAGGCCCUGCUCUGGAUAGAUCCAUCUCUGCUGAGCUGCGGCUUCCUCACCAUGGGCAUUCCCACCACAGCCAGAUGGUGGCCAGCAGUGCCUGUCUGUCUCUCUGGACUCCUGUGUUCUGGGUGCUGAUGCUGGCUUUCCAAACAGAGACAUCCCUCCUGUAAUGACUGGAGGAGCCAGGCCAAGCCCCGACCCCUUGGACUUGAAGGAUGGCCGUUCCUGUACUCCACACUCUGGUCUGGCCUUGAUAGGCCCAACCCGGGAAAGGAGAUAGAAUAAAAUGCAGUGUUGGUUCUCUUUCCAAGGAAUGACUUUGGGUUAUCCAGCAGUGCUUGGGGGUGGGUGUUGUAUGAAAAGAAUUAUAAAUGUAUUAUAU